AUGAAGCUCAUCUCCUCGGCCCUGCUGGUCCUCGGUGUCCUCGGACUGUGUCUGGCUGUCCCUAAGAGAAAUGUUCGCUGGUGUACCACUUCACCUCUAGAGAAUGCCAAAUGCUCUCAGUUCCGAUCACAUAUGAGAAGGUUGGGUGGCCCCUUCGUAACUUGCGUUACGAAAUCUUCCCACUUCCAAUGCAUCCAGACCAUAGCGGAAAACAAGGCAGAUGCUGUGACUCUUGAUAGCAGUUUGCUGUAUCUGGCAGGCCAGCCCCCUUACAAUCUGAGACCUGUAGUAGCUGAAGUCUAUGGAACUAAAGCAGCGCCCCAAACCCACUACUAUGCUGUGGCAGUAGCAAGGAAAGGCACCAACUUCCAACUGAACAACCUUCGAGGAGUGAAGUCCUGCCACACAGGCCUCAACAGGAUGGCGGGGUGGACUGUUCCUCUGGGCGUGCUGCACCCCUUCUUGAAAUGGAAUGGGCCACCUGAGCCUCUUCAGAAAGCUGUGUCUGAGUUCUUCUCUUCAAGCUGUGUUCCCUGUGCUGAUGAAAUGAAGUACCCCAAACUGUGUCAACUGUGCGCGGGAACAAGGGAAAAUAAGUGUGCCUGCUCUUCCGUCGAACCAUACUUUGGCUACUCAGGGGCCCUCCAGUGCCUGACUGAUGGGGCUGGAGACGUGGCUUUCGUCAGGGGUAGAACAGUGUUAGAAAACCUCCCAAAUAAGGCCCAGCAGGACCAGUAUGAGCUGCUGUGCCCAGAUAAUACCCGAAAGCCGGUGAACAGAUUCCGAGAGUGUCACCUGGCCCGAGUCCCUUCUCAUGUGGUGGUGGCCCGAAGUGUGAAUGGCAACGAGGCUUUGAUCUGGAAACUUCUUCAAGUGGCACAGGAAAAAUUUGGGGGAAACAGAUCCUUGACAUUCCAGCUCUUUGGCUCCUUCCGUGGGAAGAAAAACCAGUUGUUUAAAGACUCGACCAUUGAGUUUUUGAGGAUUCCCUCAAGGGUUGAUGCUGAGCUAUAUCUUGGCUUCAACCUCUUCAGUCUCAUGCAGAACCUGACCAAAAGCAAAGAGCAACUGUUGGAGCGGAGCAAGAGCCUGGUGUGGUGUUCGGUAGGUAGUGAGGAGGAGAGCAAGUGCCAGAGGUGGAGUGUUCUGAGCCAGAUGCAAGUGACCUGCACCACAGCUGACACCACCGAGGACUGCAUCGCUGCUGUGAUGAAAGGAAAGGCAGAUGCCCUGAGCUUGGAUGGAGGGCAUAUCUACAUCGCAGGCAAAUGUGGGCUGGUGCCUGUCCUGGUGGAGAAGCGACAAUCCUCCCAGGACUCAGACUGUGUAAAUACUCCUGCAGAAGGCUAUUUGGCAGUGGCAGUGGUCAGGAAGGAAAACGCUGAUAUCACCUGGAAUUUUCUGAACGGCACGAAGUCUUGCCACACGGGAUUGGACAGAACCGCAGGCUGGAACAUUCCUAUGGGUCUGAUCUUCAACAACACAGGCUCUUGCAAAUUUGGUGAAUUCUUCAGUCAAAGCUGCGUCCCUGGGGCCGACCCCAAUUCCAACCUCUGUGCAUUGUGCAUUGGUGAUGAACAGGGCCAGAACAAGUGUGCUGCCAACAGCAAGGAAAGAUAUCAGGGCUACACAGGUGCAUUCAGGUGCCUGGUUGAGAGAACUGGAGAUGUUGCCUUUAUAAAGGAUACUACUGCCAUUCAGAACACAGAUGGAAAGAACAAUGAAACAUGGGCCAGAAAUGUGAAGCUCACAGACUUUGAACUGCUGUGUCUCAACGGCAAUCGGAAGCCUGUGACUGAUGGGCAGGACUGUCACCUGGCCAUGGCCCCUGGACAUGCAGUGGUGUCUCGGGCAGACAGGGCCCACUUUGUGAGGCAGGUGCUGCUCCAGCAGCAGACUCAGUUUGGAAAAAAUGGAAAAGAGUGCCCAGAAACAUUUUGCUUGUUCCAGUCUAAAAGUAAAAAUCUUCUAUUUAAUGACAACACCGACUGCCUGGCCAAGCUCAAGGACAAUGAGACAUAUGAAACCCAUUUGGGACCCAGAUACAUCUCAGCCAUUGCUAAGCUGAGGCAGUGUUCCCCAUCGGAACUUCUGCAAACCUGUGCCUUCCUGAGACAAUAA